AAGAAGAAGAUUAGUUUCACCGCGCUCUCUGUUGUUUUGUCGUGGUGCUAGUUUAAUACAAACUGUUAGAAAUAUUGUUUCUGUAAGUGGAAAAAUACAGUUUUUGAAUCAGGUCAUUAAAUGCCUGUAAUAUUCUCAUCAUCACAGUCGUGACUAAGUUUUGAAUCAAGCAGGAAAUUCUGGAGGAAUAUCAGCUGAACUGAGAUCUGCUGUGAAUAUGGAGUUUGUUAAAGAGGAGAGUGAGGAAAACACGAGUGAAAUAAAACAAGAGGAAUCAGAAACCUGGAAAAUAAAAGAAGAGGAACCAGAAAACUGGAGAAUAAAAGAAGAGGAACAAGAAAUAUUGAGAAUACAACACGGGGAACCAGAAAUAUUAAGAAUAAAACACAAGGAACUAGAAAUAUCGAGAAUAAAACACGAGGAACCAGAAAUAUUGAGAAAAAAACACGAGGAGUCAGAAACGUGCAAAAUAAAAGAAGAGGAAUCAGAAACCUGCAGAAUAAAACACGAGGAACAAGGAGAGUUCAUUGAAGAGAAUGAAGAAUCAAGUGAAGUUGAAGAGAAAAAUCAUAUUAAAACUGGAGGAAAACCUUUGAGUUGCUCUCAAACCAAACAGAAAGAAAUAAAGAAAAAAAGAGUCAAGAAAUCGUUCACCUGCACUCCGUGUGGAAAGAGAUUCACACACAAAGCAAGUUAUGGGCGUCACAUGAGAAUUCAUACUGUAGAGAAACCUUUCACUUGUGAUCAGUGCGGGAAGAGUUUCAAACAAUCAGCAAACCUUAAGAGACACAUGAAGAUCCACACUGGAGAGAAACCGUACACAUGUGAUCAAUGUGGUGAAAUGUUUUUAUGGGCUUCACUUCUUAAGAAACACUAUAAAUUUCAUUCAAAGGAGAAACCACAUUCAUGUACUUUGUGUGGUAGGAGUUCAUUGAAUCUACAAAGUUUAAAAGAACAUCAAAAAAUACAUACUAGUGUGAGAGCGCACAUGUGCUUUGAGUGUAAAAAGACGUUUAAUUCAGUGAGCAAUUUAAAACAGCACGCUAGGAUCCACACUGGAGAGAAACCUUAUAAGUGUUCACACUGUGACCAGAGAUUUAAUCAAUCAACACAUCUGAAAACACAUGAGAUGAUUCACACUGGAGAGAAACCGUAUAAAUGUUCACACUGUGACAAGAGAUUCAGAGAUUCAUCACGUCUGAAAACACAUGAGAGGAUCCACACAGGAGAGAAACCGUAUAAAUGUUCACACUGUGACAAGAGAUUCAGAGAUAAAUCAAGUCUGAUAACACAUGAGAGGAGCCACACAGGAGAGAAACCGUAUAAAUGUUCACACUGUGACAAGAGAUUCAGAGAUAAAUCAAAUCUGAAAACACAUGAGAGGAUCCACACUGGAGAGAAACCAUAUAAGUGUUCACAAUGUGACAAGAGAUUCAGUCAUUCAUCACGUCUGAAAACACAUGAGAUGAUCCACACGGGAGAGAAACCAUAUAAAUGUUCACACUGUGACAAGAGAUUCAGAGAUUCAUCAAGUCUGAUAACACAUGAGAGGAUCCACACUGGAGAGAAACCGUAUAAAUGUUCUUACUGUGACAAGAGAUUCAGUGAUUCUUCAUGUGUGAAAUCACAUGAAAGGAUCCAUAAUGGAGAGAAAUCUUUUAAGUGUUCACAGUGUGACCAGAGAUUCAGUCAUUCAUCAAGUCUGAAAACACAUGUGAGGAUCCACACUGGAGAGAAACCAUAUAAGUGUUCACUUUGUGACAAGAGAUUCAAUUGUUUAUCAAGUCUAAAAACACAUCAGAUGUUCCAUAUUGGAGAGAAACCAUAUAAGUGUUCACACUGUGACAAGAGAUUCAUUGUUUCAUCACAUCUGAAAAUACAUGAGAGGAUUCACACCGGAGAGAAACCUUAUAAGUGUACACAGUGUGAUAAGAGAUAUAGUGAUUCAUCAAGUCUGAAAAGACAUGAGAGGAUCCACAAUGGAGAGAAACACUAUAAGUGUUCACACUGUGACAAGAGUUACAUAGAUUCAUCAAGUCUGAAAAGACAUGAGAGGAUCCACACUGGAGAGAAACCGUUUUAAUGCACUGUACGUGGGAAGUGUUUCAUUCAGUCAUCUGUUAUACACAGUUAUACAAAAAAAAACAAUCACAGUAAGGUCCCGUACACAUGGAGACACAUUUAGCUGUAUAUGGAAAUAUUUUGUAUGAUAUAUGUGUUUUGUCCAGGCAGAUCCAGCAUUUUGGGAGAGUGAAAUCACUAUUUUUUUAAAACCAGGACCCAGAGUGGCUGAAUCUAAAAAUUACACCUUUGCAUUUUCGUGUGUACAGCCAAUCCGUAUAUUUUGUGAAACGAUGUCAUGGAAGAUCAUGUGACCCUUCGGCAGCAAAGCAGUCCGUGAUCAAAAGGGGCUGAGGGCUCAGAUGCAGCGGGCUUCCUCAGAGCAAAUAUUUCCAAGUAGAUCCCCUCACUGAAAGGCUGUGACAUCAUGAUUGACUGGGCACAUUGUGUGUAUCAUGGAAGGAAAAACUCAGUUCAGCAAUGUACUCUCAUCUUCCUUGUACUUAAGAUGGCAUGACAGGUCAGCGAUCCUGAAAGGUGUUCGGCAGGCAUAUCCGGUGAAAUAUACACAGGGAAAUGUCACGCUACUAUGUUUUUUCUUGACUUUAGUCCAGCCACAACUACCAAGAGAAAGAGCUUUAAUCCAGUCUUUCCCAGUUUAUCUAAAAUGUUAAACUACCCAGAAUAAAACUUGCCAUGUGAAUUAUAUUAUUUAUCCUUUCAAAUUAAGGCUCUUACUAUUUGGGCUGAUCCUCAAUCUAAAGCUUCACGGAGAGCAAUCGAAGCUGACAAGGUUAAA